GGGAGAACGACCAUAGGUGUGCGUGGUGGUAGUGGAGGGGGGAAACAAGCUGAGUGCGCGUCUCAUCUAAUAGAGCCUCGGAGCGCAUUAUCUUCCCCGUCAUCUCCGUCUGGGCGGUUGGUGCUGCGCCGUGGCGGGGAAGCGGCCAGGAGAGGACGCGUUGAUGCGAGCGGAUAUUCUCAGCAGCCGAGACUAAUUGGUGUGAUUCAUGUCCCUGUUGAGUGGCUGAAACCUAUUCAUAGCCGGGGAGAAGGGGAGAGAAAGAGGCGAGUGGGGGACCAAAAAAGAAAAAAAAAAAUCGAGAUCCACACGCAGGAGUCUUUUGGAAAAUGAAGGAAUUGUAAACAGGAGGAAGGCACGACAGCAGGUCAAAGUUUUCUUUUCUUUUGCAGUAGUGGGGCUUUUCUUUCCUACGGACAUCACUGAUUGACGCCGUGAUGGAAUGACACUUGGAGAGAGCAUGAUGGACACUUUGGCACCGGAGCUCCUGCUCAGAAAUCCUCCCGUUUUCACCAGGCGCGGUGCUGACCGAGCCCUCAGGACGGUGAUCAGUCAUUUGUUUUGAAGUGGCAGGAAAAUCCUCCUCUUGAUUGAAACAAGAGUGAGAGAUGGUGUGCGCAGCGAUUCCUCAGAGACUGACGUGCGCAGUCAUCACCUUCCCGUUAAGGAGCGCAUCUUAAAGAGCUUCAUUCUUCAUUCAUGUUCAUUCUGCUGCUCUGAACUUGUUGAACGGCGUUUAGGAGCAGGGGGGACAGGGAGUACCCGGUCCGAGAGGGGCUUUCCACGAAUUGCCAGAUCGUCACGCAGGACGAGGGCCAUGACUGACAGCUGGGCGAGCUGAGGAGACCUGUCACUCAUCUUCCUAUCAGCGUGUCAGAGGGCUAUCUCCUUCUCGCCUCCCCCCUCUUCCUCCUCCUUCUCCUCCACCGUCCUCCUCCCUCCCUCAGUCCUCUCCUCUUAUCUUCUCAAUGGGCUGGUAGCCUCACCGUCCAUCAUAGACAUCCAGCGCUCCAGAAGCCCAAAAGGGACAGAAAUCAGAAACGCUUUCAAACCAACCCGUGCUCCACCUAAAGGGAGUCUGGCAUGCCUCCUCACUCCAGCUGAGUAAGCUGCAGUAAGUGGAAGUAGAAGUGUCAUCCCUUGUUUGUCCCCCCUCAGAAGGAGAUACGGCUCCUCCAGAAGGAGCUGAGAGAGGAUCAGUCAUGCGUUUCCAUUUUGCGUUGACACUGCAGGCGCUAUGGACUGGUGUUUGCCAGGCGGCCAUGCAGCACUACCCUGCAGCCUGGGGCCACUACGAUGUGUGCAAGUCCCAGGUUUACUCAGACGAAGGCUUAACCUGGGACUACAUGGCGUGCCAGCCGGAGGCCGCAGACAUGACCCAGUACCUGAAGGUCACUCUGGAUCCUCCCAACAUCACCUGUGGCGACCCUCCAGAAACAUACUGUGCCCUGGAGAACCCUUACAUGUGUAAUAAUGAAUGUGACGCCAGCACUGAGGAGCUCGCCCACCCACCAGAGCUCAUGUUUGACAUCGAGGGCCGCAACCCCACGACCUUCUGGCAGUCCACAUCCUGGAAGAAGUACCCGAAGGCCCUCCUGGUCAACAUCACGCUAUCUUGGAACAAGACCAUUGAGCUGACUGACGACAUCGUUCUCACCUUUGAGUCAGGCCGGCCCGAACAGAUGGUCCUAGAAAAGUCGCUAGACUACGGGCGAACCUGGCAGCCCUACCAGUUCUAUGCCACUGACUGCCUGGACGCCUUCACCAUGGAGCCCAAGACGGUGCAGGACCUGACCCAGCACACCCUCCUGGACAUCAUCUGCACUGAGGAGUACUCAAGAGGCUAUGUGUGGAAGUAUGACAAAACUGUGCGCUUUGAGAUCAAGGACCGAUUUGCGCUGUUUGCUGGGCCCCGGCUCCACAAUAUGGCUUCGCUUUAUGGACAGCUGGACACAACCAAGAACCUGAGGGACUUCUUUACCAUUACCGACCUGAGAAUCCGCCUGCUCCGGCCGGCCACAGGAGCCACGAUGGUAGACGAGAACAACCUGUCCAGAUACUUCUAUGCCAUUUCUGACAUCAAAGUUCAGGGCAGGUGCAAGUGCAAUCUUCAUGCCAACAGCUGCGUCUAUGACAAAGAGAAGUUGAGCUGCGAGUGUGAACACAACACGACCGGGCCCGACUGCGGUCGCUGUAAGAGGAACUACCAGGGGCGAGCGUGGAGCGCUGGCUCCUACCUGCCCAUCCCCAAGGGCACGGCUAAUAUCUGUAUUCCUAAUAACAUUGGUCCAGUUAACUGCGAAUGCUUCGGCCACUCCAACCGAUGCAGCUACAUCGAGCUGCUAAACACCGUCAUUUGCGUGAGCUGUAAGCACAACACUAGGGGCCAGCACUGCCAGCUAUGCAAGCUGGGCUACUACCGCAAUGCCUCAGCAGAACUGGACGAUGAAAAUGUGUGCAUAGAGUGUAAUUGUAAUCCCUUUGGCUCAGUCAGUGAUCGCUGUAAUGGCACAGGAUUUUGUAUAUGUAAGGAGGGCACAACAGGGCCUAAGUGUCAGGAGUGUCUACCCGGCUAUUUGUGGGACGAUGGCUGCAAAUCCCGGGUGUGUGACAACGAACUCCUGCGCUGUCAAAAUGGCGGGGUGUGUGUCAACAACGUCCGCUGCAACUGUCCUUCAGCCUACACGGGCCUGCUGUGCGAGAAGCCCCGCUGCGAGUCGGAGCUGGGCGGCUGCGGGGGCCCCGAUUCGGGCCAGGCCCCCCUGACGCCUCCGUCCACCUCCAGGCUGCUGAUGCUGCUGAUGCUGGGCUCGGCACUGCUGAGAGAGGCCUCCUGCUGGCCCGCCGUGCUCUAAAGAGACCCAUUACCUGGUGGGAGUGACACACUUCCCACCGCCUCCACCUUAACCCUCCCAUCCCUUCCUUUCAAAUAAUCAACACCCAUUAAAAAAGAACAACCAUGAGCUUUCUGGACUGUAAUGUACUGAGCUUCACCGCCGCCAGACUCAAUGGACACUCGCGCUGACAAUAAAGGGAAUGUGCCAGACAAAUGAGUGCAAAAAACUUUUCAUCUAAUUUCAAAGAAUAUAUAGAAAUGAAAAAACAUAUACUUCUAAAAAAGCCAGAUAUUAUUAAAAAUAUGAGCGUUUGCCUAUUAAGAGUAAAAUGAGCAAAGAACAGUGAGUCCCCCCCUCCCCCUCUAAGCCAUACCAGGUACACGAGCUCCUUCCAGUUUGAGAAGGGAUAACUGAAGAUGACAGACUUGUUCACUUCCUCUCUUAUUGCCACGGCAACAACAGCUGCGACCAAUCAGCUCUCGCACGAGCCGACAGUGGCCGCCGAUCCCCCCGGGAUGCUUUCUGCGAGUUAAUGUUGGCUGGACUGACGCCGAAGAAAUCUCAAAAAAACAAACUAUCCCUGCUGAACGGCAAAGACUGGCCUCAGAAACUAAAGCGUUACACUUCAAUGCGACGACAAACAGAAAGAGGUGAAAAAACCCAAGAAGCAUUCUUUGCUGUCAGUGCAUUGUGGAUAGAAGGAAAUCUGUCCGGACUGCCACUUUGUGACACUAAACCUUGCCCACGUUGAUCCCUCUCGAUCUUUCUGUCUCUCCUUCGAGCUCUAUCUCAUCCUCCCUCCUGUUCAUCCCCCUCCUCCCGACCCUCCGAUCCCGAGUCCCUCGCCAUGCUGCCACUGACCUGUGCUUUCGUGAACGUUACUCUGUAAACCCUUGUUGGUUGAAAGAUUCUUUUGUCCGAUGUUAGUGAUGCACAUGUGUAAGAAGCCCCCGUCCCCUCCCCUCCUUUCCCCCUCCUCCAAAAAGAUACUCCAGUAAAGCUGUCUGAUUCUUUUUCUAUCUUAGAGCCACCACGCUCGCUACGAUCAUGGUCAGAGGAUAGUUUUCACCUGAGCAGACGAGAAGUGCAUAGAAAACCAUCAGUGUAUUUGCAAGUUCUUUUCUUGACAGAGCAAACAAAAAAAAAAAGAGUCAUGUAGUCCUUUUGUAUCUUUGCCGAACUGUGAUUGAAAAAAGGCAACCUUUAAUGUAUCUAUUUAAGACAUCCAAAUACAGAAGCAAUUGUUUUUUUUUCUCCGUUUAAUUCCAUUUCUUUCAUUCACUUCUUUUAUUUACUACUUUUAGUUGUGCAGUUGAUUUUCCUUUGUAUUGGCAACGUGCUGGCAUCAAAGAAUAUCAGUUUACAUAUACAGUAUUAAUAAAGUGUAAUAAAAUCCCACCAAAGGACAUUAUAAAUGUUUUGUUCUUGCUUUAACACUUGAGAAUUUAAGUGAAUAAAAGUUUAAAAAUUAAA